AUGCUGGAGAAUGGCUCCUUGAGGAACUGCUGCGGGCCGGGCGGCCGAGGGGGCUUCGGCUUCUCGCAGGCGGCGGACGACGAGGACGAGGAGGCGGCGUUGGCAGCCGCGGCGGCUGGGGCCGCGGCCGCUGGCGGGGCCGGGGCCGCGGCAGACCCGCGGCCGGGCUGGGUGGUGACGACGCUGUCCAGCGUGCUGAUCUUCACCACGGUGGUGGAUCUCGUGGGCAACCUGCUGGUCAUUGUCUCGGUGUUCAAGAACCGCAAGCUCAGGAAUUCAGGUAAUGCAUUUGUGGUGAGCCUGGCACUGGCAGACUUAGUGGUGGCCUUGUACCCUUAUCCCUUAGUGCUCAUUGCCAUUUUCCAGAAUGGCUGGUCCUUGGGGGACACGCACUGCAAAGUCAGUGGCUUCGUGAUGGGACUGAGUGUCAUCGGCUCCAUCUUCAACAUCACCGCCAUUGCGAUCAACCGAUACUGCUACAUCUGCCACAGCUUCACCUACGACAAGGUGUACAGCUGGUGGAACACCUUGCUGUACGUCUGCCUGGUCUGGGUACUCACCGUCAUUGCCACCGUGCCCAAUUUUUUCUUGGGCUCUCUCAAGUAUGACCAGCGUAUUUAUUCGUGCACCUUCACCCAGACGACAAGCUCCUACUAUACCAUAGCUGUGGUCGUCGUCCAUUUCAUCGUGCCGAUCACCAUCGUGAGCUUCUGUUACCUGCGGAUCUGGAUCCUGGUGAUCCAAGUGAGGAAGAGAGUCAAAUCAGAAGUCAAGCAGAGGCUGAAGCCCAGUGACUUCAGGAACUUUAUCACCAUGUUUGUCGUCUUUGUGAUCUUUGCCUUUUGCUGGGCACCACUGAACUUCAUUGGACUGGCAGUCGCCAUCAACCCUCUGGAAAUUGCCCCCAAAGUUCCUGAGUGGCUGUUUGUGAUGAGCUACUUCAUGGCCUAUUUCAACAGUUGCCUUAACGCAAUAAUAUAUGGACUUCUGAACCAAAACUUCCGAAAGGAAUAUAAACGAAUCCUCAUGUCCCUAUGGAUGCCGAGGCUGUUUUUUCAGGACACUUCCAAAGGGGGGACUGAAGCUCAGAAGAGCCGGCCCUCUCCUGCUUUAAAUAAUAAUGACCAAAUUUAG